AUGAAAGAGAAUGACGAAGACUCUCAGAAGAGAAAAAGUGGGUGGAUAAGAAAGGAUUUACAGGAUUAUGACAAAGAUGCGAGGACAAACGGACAAAAAAUUAGUUUAGAAGGCGACAAGAGUGCAAUUGAAGAUCUCAAUCAAAGUAUGAAUUAUAAACCGGUUGAAAAGAUGGUGCAUGGCCGUGAGAAUGGUAAAUUUGGUAAAAAAAGCGGUUCUCACGCAACCGUGAGCGAUGAAGAGCUUGUAAACUUUGGUGAGCUUUCGCCCGAUAAGAUGUUAAACGCUUUGAACACACUUACCGUGUUAUUAUCAAAGGCAAAUGUGCACCAAGUGUACGCAUUUCUCCUAAACUUGCAAGAACACACUUUAACAAUUCCAUCUACUCAUCACGAGUCGAUAACAUCCUCGCUUUCAAUCCUAUCAGCAAAUGUAAAGCAGUUAUUGCCUAUGGAAAUAGAACAUUAUGAUUUGAAGCUGAUCAACGUAAUCGAUGACACUAGCGAGCGUAAAGUGCCGUUCAACAUGUAUUUAACGAAUUAUCUGACGUCUCUGUUCAUAAAGCUGACCAUCAAAGAGAUUGAAAACGCAGUGAACAACUACUUCUAUCCGGAGCGGAGAAGAAUCGACUGCGGCAUUGAAGAUAUACUUGGAAAUGGAUAUGGUGCGUUGUUAGUUGAGGAAAACGGUGAUACUAAAGCGAACGGUGUGCAUGAUGUAGGUAAAGGAAGUGCGAGCGAUGAACACGAAAACUCGGAUAGAGCUAGUGUGAAAGGAAAUGGAGAUGGAUGUGUUAAAAGGGAGAAUCGCUAUGAAAACUUGGAACACGAUAAAAAGACUGCUGGCAAACCGGUAAAGAGACCGUUAAAAGGCGAAAAGACAAGCAGAACACAGGUAACAGGUACUGAAAGGGAAGCAAACACGGAUAAUAUGAGUGUGAAGAGAAUCAAACGAAAUGAACAUCACGCUGCAACCGAAGAUGGUUCCGAGCAGAAUAAGGAAAAGCAAAUGGUAAAAGAUGUAUUAUUAAGCAAUAAAACGCUCUUUUGCAUACUAAAGGAUGAGGACUACAACAUCAAUCUUUUUCUUUCCCUUUUGAAGUAUGAGGAGAAAUUGCAAAGCUUUCUUCUUUUCCUCUACAUAAAUCACGAAAGCACGUAUGAGACGUUUCUAAGAAACGCACUCUCUAGUUGCACGGCGGAGCAGCAGCCAAAAAUUUUACAAAAUUUUGUGGAGGUGCGAAUAGAAGAGCUCAAAUUCUUCGACAAGGAAAAUUUAAAGCAAAUGGUAAAGAAGAGAAUGCACAGAGAAUCGCUAAGAGUAAAGCUGAAAGAAAUUGAAAAGAGCGAGCUGCUUGACAUCAUUAAAGAAGACUUUAAAUUCUUUAAAAACAAUUUAGACUACUACGACCUCAGCUUCAAGGAACUGCUAGCACUUGCUGAAGAGGAAGACGAGGUGAUCGAAUAUCUGUUCGAUAAUCUGGCAGUUUAUGGAAGUAAUUGGAUGGGGUCAGUUGUAAAGGUGCUCUCUGGAAAGAACGAGAAUUUUAUUUUUGAUUUUUUUGAGCAGCGCGUGCGACCGCUAGCAGACCAAACCAAGACACACAGUGAGGAAGAGGUACAUUCUCUGAUAUACGACGCGAUUGUUGUGUACCUUAAGUACAAUAAGCCCAGUAAACUGCUUCUGCAGCUUUUUCGCUCAAAUUACCUGCUUGACAACAAAAAAUAUUUUUUCAAUGUGAUCACUAUUUUAGAGAAGGAAACGAUAAAAAAUCGGCUGAUGGACUAUCUGGAUGAAGAGACCUUGCCUUUUUUUACGCGUGUGAUGACUGCCAAUGAGAUUCUCCAUGAGUUGUGCGUUUUCAACUGUGACAGAUAUGAUAGGGAGAAAAACACUAAAAGCGAUAUCAGCUCACGAACCAGAUUAGAGGGUAUAUUCAAACUGAUAGUGCCCAAAUUUACAGAAGAUACAAUUAUUCAGACGCUUGCCUCGUCUGACAACACACCAAACUUCUUUCUAGCACUUAAAUAUUCACUCAUCACGUACGCCACGCUGAAGCCGUUCACACUUACCGUGUUGCAGAGACACUCCCUUCGAACGAACGAAUACAUCGAUGUGCUUGAGAUGAUGGGAAUGGAUGCGAUUGACGUGUUGGUAUGCAAGGAUAAAAACUUUAUCUCGUAUGUGUUGCGAAGGAGCAAAAAGAUCAAAGAAGUCUGCGUACAAAGCGAGGGCCGGAAUUUGAGAGGAAUGGACAAAGUACUGGAAGCGUAUUCCAGUCAGAUGCAGUGAGAGAGGAAAGCACGUAUGAAAAGAAAAUAAGUGUCUCUGAACAGUCUAUACCAGUUAUUCUACCCUUGUUACCAAUAAAUCAGUGAUAGCCCGGUUGAGUAAGUAACCUUUCAGAUCGAGCAAUACGUGAAAAGAGAAGGUUCUUACCCAACAUGUUAACAAACAUAACCAGCGUAAAUAAAUGUGCUUUUAAUGACGUAAUCGCUUGUUAUCGUCGUACAAUAAGGUCGAUUCUAUUAUUUAGCCGUAUAUCAGUAAAAAUGUG